AUGAUGGAUAACGACAGACCCUCUGACCACCCGGAAUCCAUGGAAUUUCUCAACUUCUGUCUGGGGGACCACCUGCAGUCCCCACGAGCACCAAGCAACCAACCGGAACCUCCUGGGCUUUGUGGGCAACAGACCUGGGCCUUUGGUCUUACCGAUUCCUGGAGGCAAGAUGGCCUCAGGGUCGCCAACUCAGAACCCUCACAUCUGGACAGCUACUCUUUGCAAGAGGGACAGAGGCAGAGAACACCACCUCCAGAGUCACCUGGGGACAGCCAUCAUCUGGGGACCCCACAGCUGAGCCAAGGUACUUCCGCCCAGGUCAUGUUCUGGGCCGGCAUCUUGCAGGCCCAGAUGUGUGUCCUGGACCUGGAGGAGGAGCUGGAGAAGACCGAAGGGCUGAAAGCUGAGCUGAGAUGCUGUGUCCCCCCAGCCCCUGUGGCCCUCCCCACCUUCCCUGCCAACCCGGCCAGUCCCAGGGACUCAGGCUGCCACCUACAGUCACCACACAUGGAGGAAGACACAGGGGAAGACGGCAGUGAGCCGGAGGCAGAGAGCCAGGGGUGGCCGAGGGAGCGAACACCGAGCUCCUCUUCAGAGUGGGGUACUGAGGAGGAGAGUCUGUUCUUUGACAAUCCCCUCUUCCUGGAAAGCCCUUGCUCUGAGACCGGUGCUUCCAGACAGCACUUUUCCUGGACGGUACCAGACACCCUUGAAGAUGGGAGCACUGCGGCCAAGAGCCCACAGGCCAGGGGUCCUUCUCUCCCAGGAGCUGGAGUUCCUUGGGAACUAGGAAAUGAGGAUCUGGAGGACGACACAGCUGAUUCCAGUGGGCACAUCACUCCUCCGUUCCCUGUGCCUGUCUACAAAGUGCAUUCCCUCUCCUGGAUCACAGAGGGGGCUACCAAGGGGGCUGGCACAGCACUUCCCAGUCAUAUGGAGAGUGAGAUCACUCCCUGCCCUGAAAGCUGUCAGACAGAGGGUUCUUCCUGGCCCUCUGUGCCGCUCAGCUGCCAGGAGAGAGGUGAGAGUGAUGCUGAGCAGGGUUCUGCCACCUGCACAUUGGACCCUGGCUCUUGGGGGAGCCCAUCUUCUCCAGAGCCCAGCAGCCCGGAAUCUGCGAGCAGAGGGCCUGGCCCCUGGCCCACCCCUGUGUCCUCCCAGGAGGGGAGCCCAAAGCCUCCUCGCCACCAUUCAGACAGUACUUUACCCAAGUGGACACUUGAUGCUUCACACCUGUCAGCUUUAGAGGCAGAUAGGGCAGAGUCAGAUUCCUUAGAGAAAGAAGAGGCAGUGGGGACCCCAAGUCCAAGGGAAGAAGUAAAGAGUGAAGACACAGUCAAAACUGAAGAGGCCAGUUCUGCCCAGCUGGACACUCACGCAACUUCUCCAGAAGGGUAAAGUCUGAGGAAAUCAAUGGAUUCUUCCAGGCUUCUCAAGAGUCCCAUGCCUCAGGCACAAUCCCCAGAGGAAGACAAGAGACCACAGGCUGGAGACAAGCUGGCUAAUGGCAUCGGGACUGACAAGGUGGCCUGGAGCUUGGCCUCACGACUUUAUCACCUGGAGGGUUUCCGGAAGUCUGAAGUGGCUGCCUACCUCCAGAAGAACAAUGACUUCAGCAAGGCUGUGGCUGAGGAGUACUUGUCUUUCUUCCAGUUUGAAGGCCAGAGCCUGGACCGUGCCCUCCGAAACUUCCUCCAGGCCCUGGUGCUCAGCGGAGAGACACAGGAGCGGGAGCGAAUUCUCUACCAGUUCUCAAAGCGCUUCCACCACUGCAAUCCUGCAGUCUUCCCCUCAGUAGAUUCCGUGCACACCUUGACUUGUGCCAUCAUGCUCCUUAACACGGACCUUCAUGGACAGAAUAUUGGGAAAAGCAUGAGCUGCCAAGAAUUCAUCACCAACCUUAACGGUCUGCAGGAUGGUGAGAACUUCUCCAAGGAGCUGCUGAAGGCCCUCUACUGGUCUAUCCGGAGUGAGAAGCUUGAGUGGACUGUGGAUAAUGAUGAUGCAUCCAGAUCUGAGAAGGCCAGGCCCUCACCCCCAGCUGGCAAGAUGAGCAGCCCCUUCUUACAGCUGACCCAAGACCCUACAGUGCCCACCUACAAGCAAGGCAUCCUGGCCCGGAAGAUGCAUCAUGAUGCAGAUGGCAAGAAGACACCUUGGGGCAAGCGAGGCUGGAAGAUGUUCCAUACCUUACUGCGAGGAAUGGUACUGUACUUCCUAAAGGGAGACAACUGUCCUGAGGGGGAGAGUUUGGUGGGGCAGAUGGUGGACGAGCCUGUGGGGGUUCACCAUUCACUGGCAACCCCGGCCACCCAUUACACCAAGAAGCCGCAUGUCUUCCAGCUGCGGACUGCUGACUGGCGCCUCUACCUCUUCCAGGCACCCACUGCCAAAGAGAUGAGCUCCUGGAUCGCGCGUAUCAAUUUGGCUGCCGCCACGCACUCUGCGCCCCCCUUUCCCGCCGCAGUAGGCUCGCAACGCCGAUUCGUGCGCCCCAUCCUCCCGAUGGGCCUGGCCCAGAGCUCCCUGGAGGAGCAGCAUCGAUCUCACGAGAAUUGCCUGGACGCCACUGCUGACGACCUGCUGGAUCUGCAGAGAAACUUGCCAGAGCGGAGGAGCCGCAGCCGCGAGCUGGAGGAGUACCGCCUACGCAAAGAGUAUCUGGAGCACGAGAAAAUCCGCUAUGAGACUUACGUGCUGCUGUUGGUCGCCCGCCUGCACUGUCCCACUGAGGACCUGGACCCCUGGGAGGAUCAGCUGCGGAAGGAAGCUGAAUACAGCCGGGAGCCCAAGCCCAGCCUAAAGAAGUCCCACUCGAGCCCAUCCCUGCACCAGGAUGAGGCCCCCACCACGGCCAAGGUGAAGCGCAACAUCUCCGAGCGCAGGACCUACCGGAAGAUCAUCCCCAAGCGGAACCGCAAUCAGCUGUGA